UGCGUUAUAAAAUUGUUCUCAUACUGUUUCGAAAACUUCCAAAAUGAACGUUCCGAAAAAAAUAAGAUUAUUUGAAUUAUUAUUAUAUCACCGUUCCAUCGAAGACAGCGCCAGUUCUAUAUCACGGGACAUGGUAUUCUACAUAGUCGAAAAUAAAUAUAAAUUUUCCAUAGCUGUUACAUCAAUAACUUACAGUUUUAUGCAAGCUGUCAUAUUUUUUUACAGGGUGGUUACUGAUCCAAACAUCGAUUAUAUUUUUAACUAUUCGCCGAUGCUAAUUUUUUGUUAUUUCAAUAUCUGCUGCCUAAUGCAAGUUUUUAUAAAAUACAGAUACAUGAAAAAUGGUUCAGAUUACAUAGAAAAAUGUUUUUGGAAUCCAGAUUUUGCAUGCGAAGCAGCGAAAUCAGAAAUUGAAGAUCGAGUUGGAAUUCUCAAAAAACUGAUGCUAUUUAUUUCUACCAUGUCAUUUGCUAUUGGAUUUCCAUGUUUACCUUUUACCGGAAUUAAAUACAGCGAAGACUUAUUUCCUUUCGUCGAAUUUCUCGAUCACAUAAAUUUACCGAGUCAUCUUAAAGCAAGUCUGGCCAUAAUUAAUUACAUAGUAGCUUUUCCGAAUUAUUAUUUCAUGACUAUCUAUGGGGUAAUUGUUGCCUUCUAUGCUAGUAAUAGUAUAGUACAGGCUAUUCUUAUUAAAUGGAAUUUGAUUAAUUUAACCGACAAUUUGGCAAUAGAUGAAGAUAAUAUUUUACAAGAUGAGCAUAAGCAAAUGAUGAUAGAAUAUAAACUUAAAAAAUGCAUUAAGCAACAUAAGAUUUUGUGUGAGUUCAUUCAGCAAGCGCAAGGAUAUGUAUAUUACACUGCACUAUGGCAUUUGGCGGGAGCAGUCACUUUACUAGCAAGCUUAUCAUAUGCACUUGCUUUCCGCGAGCAAAGAUUAAAUAAUAUGUUCAUAUUGAUAACUGAGCUAACUUGUGUAGCGUCUUCUACAUUUUUCUAUUGCUUCAUGGCAGACUUGAUUCUGCAACAGAUUUUUAAAAAAGCUUAUGCUGUUGUCAGUGUUUUAGGUGCCAUGAAAUAA